CGUCCUCAUCUUCUAUAGGCCAAUAUCCAUAUCAAUCAAUGUUGCCAUCAAGUUUGUUCAGUUUCAUCGAGGACGGUAACGACAUUGCCCGGCCCCAUUCACGAAUUAUUUUAUUUUACAUCAUUUUUCACUUAAAAAAAUAAAACAAUUUCACUUAUUAAUUGCCUUACGAUACAGUGGUGGCGAUGACGAUAGCGCGAGUACUGCGGUGGAGGUGGGACGAGCUAAGACCACGUGAUAUUUAUCCUAGCAACCAAGAGAAGCUGGGCUCAGGCAGCAUUCACUGGAUGCUAGCGACGAAAUAUAUUAAAAUAACAGAGGAGUUUUACCAGGUCUCCUUCAUGCCACAUGUGGCCAAAUACUGCUUUGAUGUCAAAGGCAGUCAAUCCUCAGGAAACUAUAUUUUUAGAUGUGCUGUGAGAAAGUCCAGAGCCAGGUGUUCUUGGAAAAUCCAAUUUGGGCAUCAGUGAGCAGAUUGUUGGAGAGUAACUGCUGCAGAUUUGUGUAAUGAGAGUGAAUACAGCUGUUUAAAAUGAGCCAGCCUUAUAAAACAAUUGAACCCAGUGUCAUUGAUGAUAAAAUGCUUGAAGAGAUGGUGAAGAAACAGGGACCAUCAGGAAGAGCAGGACAGAUAGCCCAACAGGAAGGAAUUGACUUCAAAGAUGUUGACCACCUUCAACUUGAUUUUCAAAAUAUACUGAAGAUUGACAAUAUGUGGCAGUUCACAUCAUUGACUAAACUCCAGUUAGACAAUAAUGUCAUUGAAAAGAUUGAAGGACUGAACACACUGAGCAACCUGAUAUGGCUAGAUUUAUCCUUUAACAAUAUUGAAAUGAUUGAAGGCCUGGAUGAACUGGUUAAACUGGAGGACCUUAGUCUGUACAAUAACAGAAUUUCCAAAUUUGAAAACAUGGACUCAUUAGUAAACCUGCAAAUUUUCUCCAUUGGAAAAAAUCAUAUCAGUGACCUGGAAUCUGUUGUCUAUUUAAGAAGAUUUAAGAGGCUGCGGACUCUGAAUUUGGCUGGAAACCCUGUUAGUGAAAGUGAACGGUACAGUCUGUACAUCCCUGCUUUUCUGCCUAAUUUGAUGUACCUGGACUUCAGAUUAAUAGAUAAAUUGACAAAAGAACUUGCUUUACAAAUGCAUAACUCUGCCAUUGCAUACCUGGUACACCAAGAAGGUUUGGAAUUUAAAUCCCUUGAAAGGAUGAGAUUGGAAGAAGAAGAAUUGGCUUUACAUCAGGACGCUUAUGUGGAAUAUCUGAAUGGACCAGGUCUGUUUGACAGCAUGUAUGCAGAAGAUCUUGAAGCAGCAAAGCUUUUACUGCUUCCUGGAGUGUCUGAAUUUGUGGAACAAUACAAAAUUGAGUUCACCGAGGUUUGCCAGAAACUCUUUAAAUAUGGACUCGAAGGGUAUGACGCACGCAAUAAAGAAGUGGAAGGUUUUUUGGAAUGCUUGCGGGAAGCAAACGAAGAUAAUCAGCAAAGUGGAGUAAAAAUUAUCAAGGACUUUGAGGAUAAGAACAAAGAGGCAUUGAAUGAAAUGCAGCACAUUUCUGACAGCGUGCUCAUGGAGAGUAAGACUCGAUAUUUGCGGGGGAAAAUCAAUAGAUUAUGGAGUAAACUGAUGAGCCUGGAAAUGCAAUUGGUUGACCAACUGGAGGAAGCAUCCAGAGAAUUUGAACGAAAUAUUUCAGAAAUGGUAUCAACUUACAUUGAAAAUGUACAAGCUCUAAUAGCACAGUGCCGGGACCUGGAGAACCGUAACCACGAGAACAUGUUGGAAAUUGCUAUGAGCAGUUAUGACAAGAUGGGAAAGACAGAAGGGGAUGAGGAAAUGCCAGAGGAACUCCGAGCUCUCUUUAUUGAUAAAGAUACAGUUAUUAAUACAGUCAAUGCAUCACAUGACUUGCAUCUACUUAAGAUUGACAACCAAGAAGACAAAAUGGUUACAAAGUCAAAUGCCUGGGUCAGGGAUGUUCUCGAGAAGCUGCAUACAGAUGAAAUAGCCCGCAAUCGUAAGCGAGUUCUGGAAAUUAACAUUUACGUCAGUCAUUGGCGAGAUGAACUAGAUUUCCUUGAUAUUCAGGACACGUAAAGUGAAGUGAGAGCUGUGGUUUCAUGAAUUGUGUUGCUGUGGGAGUUUAACCAGAAACCUGGAUUACUGUGACUUUUAAAGGUGGUUUCUUCUCUAUGACAUGUUUGUAUACGAGAUAGCUUCAUGACUUCCACUAUUGUCUCUGAUUGUUUGUAACCCCAGCAGAGGGAUUGGACUGCACUACUUAGCAGUUGGGUGUCCCCUGAACUACAUAUUUCAUAGAUAUUCCCAGACCUGGGAAUGAACCUUUCAGCAGAGAUGAAAACCUUAUGUUUCAGCAAAUAUACAUUUUCAGACCUAAUAUAGAGCAGGUGAUCAAGAGACCAAGUACUCCAACCUUCCUGCUGGGUUGCAUUUUUAAAAAAAAUGCAGGUUUGGUGUUUUUCCAUUCACCACUUUUGUCCAAUUUCUCUCCCAGCCUUCACAGCCUUGGUGGUGAUUUGGAUGAUGAACUUUGUUUUCAACUCUUUUUUAAAUAUUAGAAUAGGAUACACUCAAUUAUUGUUCUGAAGGAAGCAGAUAACUUUAUAGUACAACACCUUAUCUGGUUUACUUCAAUCAGAAUAUGAAAAAGAAACAUUAUUUUUCAAUAAAACUAUACAUUUAAAGAAAGUGUAUUUGCAUUCCUUACGUAACCUCAUGGCAUUUGCAAUAUUACUUGGCUCACUCAUUUUUUAAAUAAUGCAUUAUUUAACUAAUUUCAUAUAAAUUUAAAAUACAUAUUUGAAAAUCAUGUCCUGUCAUUGCAGCAAAUUCAAAAAUGACCAAGUUGGCAUACUGGGCUAGUCGCAUUUGCCUCAUUUGGCCAGUAGCCCUCUAAAUAUCUAUAUAUCUGUCCAAAUAUAUUUUAAAGGUUGUAAUUAUAUCCGCUUCUCUAGCUUCAUCUGGCAACUCGUUCCAGAUAAAAACUACCCUCCGAGUUAAAAGUUGCCCCGAGGUCCCUCAAAUUUAUCCCCUCACCUUAAGCAUAUUAUGGCCUCUAUUUUAUAAACUUCUCCGUUGGGAGGAAGAUUGCAAGCAUUCAUUUUUCCCCAUCUUGUAUACCUCAAUUAGGUCAUCCCUCAACCUCCUAUGCUCCAAAGAAAAAAAUCUCAGCCUAUCCAUUGUAUCCCUGUAAUUCAAUCCAGCAAGCCCAGGUAAUAUACUGUUCAAUCUCCUCUGUACCUUUUCCAACUUAUGGAGAUUCUUCCUGUAGCUGAGUGAC